AUGAAAGGGCGCAAAGAGGCAGCGGAGAAGCGAGCGCAGCAGCUAGCCAGAGAGGAGGCGCAAAAGGAGCGGGAGGAGGCUGCAAGGCGGAAGAGCGCAAAAAGUCGAUCUAUUCUAGGCGCAAAGCUGCUUUCAUUCGGAGACGCAGUUGAAGAGGAAGAAUCCACGCCAAUAAAGAAAAAUUCCGUCCGUAUGAUCGAGAUCGAGAGGUCAUCCGUAAACGACAAGGUGCCGGUCCAAAUGGUUGGGAAAUCGGGUUCGAGUAAAGUGAUUACUCUGUGGCCGAACCACUCGGGUCUGCUGGUGUCGAAGGUCGUGUUGAUUGUUGGAGCGGGUGCAUUUGACGUGCCUGUCGCCACGGGGGAGAUGGAAGGAUGCGAGAAAGAGUGGUCGAUGGGGGGUGCAGGCUUUGAAGGCUUUUCAUCCGGUGCCAGAGUAAUUGUCGUGAACCGAAACUAGUACGAGUACGGGGACGUACUCUCUGUCACUGUUCUAGUUGAGAUGAGUGAGAGGGAACUGUGCGUCCCGGACCCGGCAUGUCCAUGAGCUCGACCCGGUAGUCGUUAUGGUGGCAGAAGUAGACGGCGAGAAUUGAAGCUGAGCCAUGUUGUAUGAAGAAGCAAUAGUCGAAGGAAAGGUUGUCGAUGGCGUUGCCGAUGUAAAGAUACUAUAUAGAAGUACGGCCAAGGUAAUAGUAUACGGAGCUAUUUAGGACAACCAGGGGAUGAUCAUUAGCGCAGUGUGGAACUCCCAUAGAGUGGCCGGCGUUCUGGACAAAAAGAUGAGCUAAGUGUUGCACAAGACCAAGUCAG